AUGAGAAUUCACACUGGAGAGAAGCCUUAUACCUGCAAGCUGUGUGGGAAGAGUUUCAUACGAAGUGGAGGUCUUAAGACUCACAUGAGAGAUCAUAAUGGAGUGAAGCCUCACACCUGCAAACUGUGUGGAAAGAGUUUCACACGUCAAGAAAACUUUAAGACUCACAUGAGAAUUCACACUGGAGAGAGACCGUUCAUAUGUGUUCAGUGUGGAAAGAGUUUCAGAUAUAAAGAAAGCCUUAAUUAUCACAUGUGGAUUCAUUCAAGAGAAAAGAGUUUUAAAUGUCAUCAGUGUGAAAGGAGUUUCACAGACACAAAUCACCUUCAGGAUCAUGUUAAAAUUCACAUCGGAGAAAAGCCUUUCAUGUGCCAUCACUGUGGAAAGAGUUUAAAAAACAAUGCAAGCUUUGAGAAUCACAUAAGAGUUCACACUGGAGAGAAACCUUUCACCUGCCCUCAGUGUGGAAAGAGCUUCACAGUAAAAAGGAACCUAAAGAUUCAUGAGAAUUCACACAGGAGAGAUUCUAAGCAGGAGAGAUCUAAGCAAACUGAAACAUUUGCAAACUCAUUCUGGUAAGAAAUUGCUGUUUCUUGGAUUACCCCCUUCUCAUUUCUUCAGAAAGAUGCAGGAAUGGUAUUACAUUAAAAGUAAUAUCCCAAUUUUGAAACUUAUAAAUCCCCUGAGCAUCUUUAUCUUUGUAUGACAUCUGAACUCAAUUUGAAGGAUCUUGUUUCUAGAUUUGUUGUAUAUUUCAAUAACUCAAGGGUUCCUCCUAUCCAACAUUUGAAGAUGUCCUGGGAGAAAGACCUCAGUAUAGAUAUUUCAGAAGACUGAGGCCCUUGGGCAAUGUGGGCCCUAGUAUUUCUCUAUCGUGUUAAAUGUGUACACAUUUGGAUUAAUGAAGUCCUAAUGAUAAAAGCCCUAAUGGAGUUGUUUUGUGCAUUCCUGUCAUCACAAAUAAACAGAGCACCUACUACUGAACAAGUAUGUGUGUUUUCUUUUUAUGUGAAAUAAGGAUAAAUAUGAUUUUUUUAUAUAUAUAAUAUGAUUUUUGGUACAUAAGAAUAUUGCUCCUGAAGUCUUUAAAGGGGUCAUAUGAUGCGAUUUCUUGUUUUCCUUUUCUUUAGGGUGUUAUGUAGCUGUUUGUACAUGUAUACGAUCUGCAGAGUUACAAAGCUCAAAGUCUCCCACAAAAGGAUUUAUUUAAUCUAAAAAAGAAGGCUGAUCCAGACCGGGCUAAAACGCCUCAUUAAAACACGCCCCCACAUGUCUACGUCAUGAUGUGGAAAUAUUUGGGUAAUGCCACCCAAAUGUUGUUUCAGUGACCACAGUAGUGUUGAUGCAGCCAUGUCAGGGAGACGCUGGCUGUUCCUGUGCGAAAGCAAAAGCACUUUAUUUGGCCAAAUCAUUGGUUAAGAUUUGUUUACAACAGAACAGCACAACCCAAAUGUUCG